UUGAGCACAUGCAGGAAGAUCCGGAGUUCAAGCGACCAAAGUUUUGUUUACCUUUUCGGCGAGGAAAAAAACAAAUAAAAAUUGAAAGAAGAGGAAAUAAAAAAGGGGGAAGAUAGGAACGAAGGGAUAGUAAAGGAGAGGAAAUAAGCAGGAUAGUUACAGAAGACCAUGUCGGGAGCUGCCUUAGGAUUGGUCCAGUAUGUGGUGGUGCGGUCGGACCUCAUGACAAAUCUAGCCUGGCCAGUUGGAGCAGUCAUUGCCCAGGCCUGCCACGCAUCCACAGCUGUUGCUCAUCUCUACCGGGAAGACCAAAACAUGCAGCGGUACCUGGCAGACCUCGAUAAUAUGCACAAGGUUGUCUUAGGGAUCGAGAGCGAGACAAAAAUUCGAAAUCUGUCAGAAAAGCUACAGGAGGCGGUGAUCGACCACAAACUCUGGAUAGAACAGCCGGAAGACACGCCAACUUGUCUCGUGACCAAGCCUUACCCUAAAGACGAAGUGAGCCGUUUUUUUAAGAAGUUGAAACUGUUUAAGAUGGAUAGCCCUGCCAGUUCCAGUGUAAAUUCGAGUAAUUAAUCAAGAUUAGUGAUUGUUUCCUUUAUUUUGUUAUUAUUAUGAUUUUUUUUCACAUUAUCAGUUUCUCUCAUGUUCUUCUUUUCCAAUUCCCUUACUCCGACUAAGUGAACCGUCUUCUUUGUUAGCGAUGAUUUAAUGUGAAGAUGGCUUGCUCGUCCUUCAAGCGCAGACUGGGUCUUUCUUCAAGAUUUACCGAGAAAUGCUAACGAUAUUUGUUGUUAUAUUUUGGGGCUUGUAUUUUUUCAAAGGGCUGUUUUGAAUUGCCGUGCACCCUGUUGAGAAAGUGUUAAUUUAUCUUUCCUUGUGGGUGUGUUUUUACUUUUGUUAAUGUUCUUAUGAUUGUUCUCAUCAUCAUGGUUAUUAUUAAUAUUAUUACAAAUAGGGUUAAUAAUAUUAUUUUUAUUAUUAUUAUUAUUAUAAUGAUUAUUAUUGUUGUUUAUUAUUAUUGAUAUUGUUAUUAUUAUUAUUCACUAAUACAAAUACUAUUAUUAUUACUAUUAUUAUCACCUAUUGCCUUUUUCAUAUACGAAAUGAGAGUAUUAAUCUGAAUUUUUUCCUUCCAAAAUCUGAUAUGAUAUAUAUAGGUCUUUUUUAUAUACGAAAUUAAAGCUCUAUAUAGAACUGUGGUUUUAUGUUUUUUUCUUCAUUGCUUCAAUAGAUAGAUAUUAUAAAUAAUGAAUAAAGAAGUUCAAUCAUA